UUGUCUUUUUAACAAACGUUGAACCGAACUUGUAUUUCUGGAUUCUUUUAAUGUGAUACUGUAUUCUUGCUAAUAUUUUGCCUUUUUAAUCAAAAUGCAAAAGUAAGUUUGACCUGAUCUUGUAUCUUCUUUUUUGUGUGUGAUCUUUUUCAAGUUUUGGUAUUAAUCUUAUAUCUCAUAAAGAAUUUACAAGUUUUGUUUUCUAAAAUGUACAACAGUUUUUAAAUAGUACUAAACUUGUUAACUCUUUCAAGGUUUGAUAGAAUUCUCUUGUGAAGUCUGGUGUUGUGGUAUGUUUUGUUUUCUUGAUGUAUAAUAGCUCUUUGAAAAUUGUUCCAUUUGUUUUGUGAAAACUAGUUUUUUUAGGCUCAGUUUGUGGUUCAGAUUUGGUAGAUUUUAUCUUACCAGAAAAUUAUUUUACCUGUAUUUGAUAUUUUAUAGAAAGUUUUACAAAAUCAUUUCUUAUUUUUUGAAAUUGUGUCUACUUCUGUGGUUUCCUCCCCUUUCUUAUUUUGUAUAUCUGUGUUUUGUCCAUUUUACUCUUGAUUAGGAUGGAGUAGUUUAAACAACUGAUUUCAGUGCCUCCCCAAACCCCCAGCAAAAGAGCUUUUGAAUGUUUUGGUUUUUUUUUUUAAGCUCUCUGGCUUUCUGUUUUCUAACUCCUUAAUUUCUGCUUUUAGCUUUAUAAAUGUUUUCCUCUACUUUUUUCAGUUACUUUAGUUGUUUUUCUAACUUUUUGAGCUAUAUUAGUAAUUCAUUUACUUUCAUCUUUUCUUAAUGAUGAAAGUAUUUAAAGUAAUGAAUUUUCUUCUGAUCACUGUUUUAGCUACAUCCCAAAGCCUCUAAUAUGUAGGAUUUUUAUUAUUGUCCAGAAACACCACAAAUUUCAUUCAUAUUUUCAUUAUUAUCCAAAUAUUACUUGAGAUUUUUGAAAUUUGCAGGUUGAAGAUCUUUUUAUUUUCUGUUAUCCAUUAUUUAUUUUCCAAUUUUCUGAUUUUCUUGGGUUGUUAAUCAGAGGAUAUGGCGUGUAUUUCCCCUAUUAGAAUUUGUUGAAGUAUGUUUUGUAGUCUGAUACAUAGUCAAUUUUUGUGAACGUUUAAUAGCUAUUUGAAAAUAGGUAUAUUUAUUUAUUAUGAUAGAGUUAAAUGAAUAUCCAUCUGUGCUUACCUUUUUGAUUAGGUUGUUUAGAUCAUUUCUUAGUUACUUUUGUUUAAUUGUUCUCUAAGACUAGGGGAAAUAACUUAAAAAUUUCUAUUAUUAUUGUGUGUCUCUCCUCGUAUCUCCUGUGAUUUCUGCUUUCUUAAUGUUACUGCUACAUUUUUAAGAGCAUGCACACACACACACACACACACACACCCCUGUUCAUUGUGAAUUGUAUCUUUUACAUGAUAAAGUGAAUUUUUUUUUAAUUUUUUUUUUAACAUUUAUUUAUUUUUGAGACAGAGAGAGACACAGAAUGAACGGGGGAGGGUCAGAGAGAGGGAGACACAGAAUCUGAAACAGGCUCCAGGCUCUGAGCUGUCAGCACAGAGCCCGACGCGGGGCUCGAACUCACAGACUGCGAGAUCAUGACCUGAGCCAAAGUCGGAUGCUUAACCGACUGAGCCACCCAGGUGCCCCAAAAUGAAUUUUUUUUUUAACUUUGGGCCAAAAGUCUGCAUUAUCUAAUGAAAGGAUUAUAAUUUAUGUGUGUGUGAACCUUAUCCUAUAUGUUAACUUCUUUCCUGUCCUUUACCUUUUUUAAUAUUUUCUGAAUCAGAGAUGCAUCUUGGUGAUAGCAUAGAAUGGUUUUGCUUUAUGGGUCAGUCUAAAGCUUUUUUUUUCUGUUAAUAGAUUAGUUGCCAGAUAUAUAGGAAGGAAAUACAUGCUUGGUCUUAGUUAUGUCAGAUUAUUUUAUAUUUUCUGAUUAUAUAUGUUUUGAAACUUUAAGUGGUCUCUUUUCUGUGCUUUUUAAAUGAUAAUUUUGAUAUUGAGAAGAGUUUUUUUUCCCUGCUAGUGGUAAAUCUUUAUACCUUUACCUUCAUGUAAUACUCAUGUUUCUUUCUUUUAACUUUUUUUUUUUUUUUGUAGUAUGGUUGACACGUUACCUUUCAGGUGUACAACAUAAUAAUUCGACAAGUUUAUUAUGCUAUGCUCAUCACUCAUCUUUCUCUUUUAAAAAAAAUUUUUUUUUUUUUUAAUUUUAUUUUAGAGAGGGAGAGAGUAUGAGUGGGAGAGAAUUUUAAGUAGGCUCCAUCCUCAGGGCAGAGCCUGAUAUGGGACUCCAUCCCACAACUCUGGGAUCAUGACCUGAGCUGAAAUCAAGAGUCAGAUGCUCAACCGACUGAGCCACCAGGCACCCUCAUCUUUUUCUUUUUUAAAGCAGUGUCUUUUUUCCUUAAUAAGUAAUAAUUCAGUUAGCUUUAUUCUCUUCCUUUUUUUUCCUCCCUCUCUUUUACUGACUACUUUUAGCCAAUAUAGCAAUAUUUUAUUGUUCUUUAUAAUUUUGUUUAAACUUUUACUACUUGACUUUCAACAGUGACUCCUGUCUAUUACUAUAAGGUACAGUGAGUUUAUUCUUCUUUUUAUUUUUCUACUGUCAUUGGUUUAUUUGUAUGUACUAUUAUUCCUGCAUUCUUGGAGCAUGUAACAGUUGCAUUCCAUUCUGUCACCUGUAUAUCCAUUUGUUUUAACCUUAAAUCUGCAAUUAAAUGUAUUUGUGCUGUCAGUCCUGCUGAAAUUUUUCCUGUCAUCUACUAGUUGCAGUUUGUCCUCAAGUUGUUUCUUCAAGAAGGGCUCAUGAAUAAGAGCUAAAUAUUUACAUACUGAAAACCAUUUGCCUAUAGCAUUAUUCCUGAAGGAUUGUCUAAAACAAAAUUAUUGACUUAUACUUUCUGGAGUAUCUUCUAAGUAUUUGUCUACUGUCUUCUGACCUUGAAUGUUCGGUAGAGAAGUAUGAUAUCAGCUUGAUUUUCUUUCCCCUUGGAGGGGCCUGCUUUUUUUGUCUGGCUGCUGAAACUUAUCUGGUUGCUUUAACACUAAUUUCACUACAUUUUUUGUUGUUGUUGACCAUUUUGGGUCAGUUUCCAAGGGAUUCCCUUUGAAAAUGGAAGUUUUGAGUCUUUUUUAAUUUUUUAAAUUCAAUUUUUAAAUUUAUCUUGAGAGACAGAGAACAUGAGCAGGGGAGGAGCAGAGAGCAAGGGAGAGAGAGAAUCCCAAGCAGACUCCAUGCUCAGCACAGAGCCCAACUCAGGGUUCUAUCUCACAACUGUGAGAUGACCUUAGCCAAAAUCAAGAGUUGGACACUUAGCCUACUGGGCCACCCGACACCCCAGUUUUUCUUUGUUUAUAUUUAAGUUAAUUUCUUUUAAAAAGUAACUGUUCUCUUUGCUCCUUACUAUACCUUUUGUGGUGUAAUUUUUACCAUGUGCUUAUAUUUUUCAACUUUUAAAAAUCUUUUUCUUCCAUUUCUUUCAUGAAUUUUUCAGUACUUUUGUUUACCUCUUCCUGUUGACUGGCUGUCUCUUCCCUGAGUUGUUAAAUUUCUGCUCUGAUAUUUUACUUUUUUUUUUCUUAAGUUUAUUUAUUUAAGUAAUUUCUCCAUUCAGCAUAGGGCUCAAAAUCACGACCCAAGAUCAAGAGUCCCGUGCUCUUCUGACUGAGCCAGCCAGCGGCCCCUCUGAGAUUUUCUUAAUAGCUGCAUUAAGAAUUUUUGAAUUCAUGUUAUGAAGUAGUGUUACAGUUUUCAUCUACUUUGUGAUAAUUUUUUGUUGCGUUUUAUUUGUCAAGGAUGUUGUACUGUCUUACAUUUUUAUGGUGUCUUUGUAUGGAUACUUACCACUUUUUUGUUAUUCAUAUUUAAUGAGAUGAACUUUUCCAAACCACCUGUUUGAAGAGACUAGUCAGGAAGAAGAAUUGGAAGAGGACAUUAGGAGUGAGGUGGUUGUCCAGGUUUCUGUGUUCAAGGCCUCUGUCCUCAGAUGUUCUGAUGGAUUCUUUCUUCAAAAUAUAGGUACAUCUCCUAUGCCUCUUAGUAAUUUACAAGUGUAAGAGGUGUGAGCUGUCAGCUACCAGGUCCUUAUUAGUUUCUGCUCCCAAAGGAUACAGCUCCUGCCUUUUAAAGUGCCUGCUUGAAAUGUUAACAGAGAAUUUGUGAACGGUAUACAGGAGUUCUUUGCGGUAUUCUUUGGACAUUUCUGUAAGUUUGAAAUUACAGAUAAAAAGUACAUGCCUUGGUUUUAGAAGAGUUGUAGUAUCUGAGAUCUGUCACUUGUAGACUACCCUCCACUCAUUCUCAUGGCACUUUCUACACCUCCUUUUUCUACUUCCUUCUGAGAUUCUGCCAUUCAGCCUCAGUUCUAAACAUUGCAGUUCCUACUUAUGAUGGAACCCUCUGUUUCUGGGAAUUAAAAUUUGCUGUUCCCCAACUAGGCUCUUUUCAUACUUCAUGUCUUCUCCCUUGCCUAGGUUCUACCAGUCCCAAGUACUUUAGGCCAUAUUUAGUUAUAAUUUGGCAUUUCAGGUUUUUAUUGUCUCCUAGGUUCACUGAAUACAAUGUUUUAAAAACAUUCUCUUUAUUGUUCUAUAUUGGGUUCUAGGAGAAAAGGGGAAAAAUUUGGAAGUAAAUUGCUGUUUUCCUACUGGAACUUAAAGUCUAGCUUUGGAUAUUAUUAAAUUUCUAAAUAAUAAAUUGGUCAAAUAAAUCACAAAGAAAAUAUUAAAUAUUUGAACUGCAGGAUAAUGAAAAUACAUAUCAGAACUGGUAUGAUUAGCUAAAGCAAUGCUUAGAGAGAAUUUAAAACCUUAAAUGCCUAUUAGAAAAGAAGAAAAGCAUCAGUACCUAAGUAUUCAUUUCAACAAGUUAUAAAAAUAAAGAAAAAUUAAAUGCAAAGCAAAUAGAAGGAAAUAAGAGUUAAAAACAGGACUUAAUGAAAUACAAAACAAAUUUAUUUCUAUUCUGUAGGUAGAGAGUUUUGAAAAGUUUUUAAGAAGGAUAGUGACAUGAUCAUAUUUGUUUUCCAGAAAGAGACCUCUGGCAGCAGUGUGGAGAAUAGAUAGAGGAGAAAAAACUAAUCUCAGGAGCCAGUUAGGAGGCUUUUUCAAUCCCUAGUUCAGGUAAGAGAUGGUGAUGGUCUAAUGUGGGGUGGAGAGAAAGGAACAUAUUACAAGGAAUAAGUUGAAAAAAUAGGUUUCAGAACCAUGUCCAGGAAAAAACAACAAAAAAACAAAAAAAACAAAAAAACUUUGGGUAUAGUUACUGGUACAUGGUACUGACUGGAAAUGAAUAGACCAGAAGGUUUACUAGGUUAUUGAAGGAAUUGUUUUUAGAAAUAAACUACAGACCUGGUAUAUCUGUCAGGUUCAACCAGAGAAGCAGAACCGGUGGGAGGUCUAUGUAGAGAGAGAGAUUCAGCUUACAAGUUGUAGGGGUUAGCAAGGCAAGUCUGAAAUCCUUAGAAUAGGCUGUCAGGAAAGGCAGACUGGGAUUCUUGGGUAUGGGCUAAAGCUGCUGUUCAUAGGUAGAAGUUUUUCUCUCUCUUAGGGAAGCCUCAGCCCUGCUUUAAGGCCUUUCAGCUAACUGAAUGAGAGUCAUCCAGAUUAUCCAGGAUAAUUUCCUUUACUUAGUCAACUGAUUAUGAAUUUUACUUAUAUCUAUAAAACACCUGCACAGUAAUACCUAGAUUAAUGUUUGAAUAGCUGACAACUAGUAGCCCAGCCAAGUUGACACAUUAAAACAAAAACAUACCUAGCCUGCAAAGUUCUGUGAUUAUUCAGUCUUUGAAAUAACCUUUAUGUUCCUAACCAACCCUUCAGGCUCAGUGAUUGUGCUGUAUUAUAAACUAGCUUCCAAGAAGGGCAUACUCGCCAACAUACACUCAGAGUAGUGACUCAUUCAUACCAGGUGUGAAUGGUGAUGCUGUCAGUUGAAUUCAGAGAUGGAUCUGCUGUCGCUGGUUAGUUGGCAGUGUACACCAUAUAUAAAUAGAUAAAAUGUUAACAUAUCCAAAACUUGAAGUUCCUAUGGAACAUAUGGAUAGAAACGCCAGUGUGUCAUUGGAAAUGCAGAUAUGAAAAUCUGUAGUGGUGGGAGCUAAAAGUAAAACUUUGGAGACUGUUCAGUAUGUAAAUCCAUAUUUGAAACUGUAGAAGUGGAAAAACUUUUUUUUUUAAUGUUUAUUUAUUUUUGAGAGAGAGAAAGACAGCGCAAGUGGGGAUGGGGCAGAGAGAGAGAGACAGAAGAUCCGAAGCAGGCUCUGUGCUGACAGCAGAGAGCCCGAUGCAGGGCUCGAACUCACAGACCAUGAGAUCAUGACCUGUGCCAAAGUCAGACAGUUAACCAACUGAGCCAUCCAGGCACCACAAAGUAGGAAAACUUCUUUAGGAAUAGUAUUUAGAGUAAAAACCAGAAUGAGGACAAACCCAUGGCAAAUACUAGUAUUUAAGGGAGGAAGAAAGACCAGUGAGCAAAUUAAUGAUUAUCGCAGCAGUAUGAGAGCCCAAAAAUGGUGUCAAGGAAGCCAAGGGAGGAAACAUAUUCAAAGAGUGGAUGAUUUCACAGUUAAGCAGUGGGAGCUUUUCCAAUAAAACCAAGAGUAAAACAAGGAUGUCAGGACUAUGAUAUUUAGAUAUAUUGUGUUUGCCAACUUCUGUUCUUCUUACAGGUUUCAGUCUACAUGUUACUUCCUUGAGAAGCAAUGUUUGAUACCCAUCUCUCCCCCCUACAUCCAGCCAUCCCCCAAGUCUGAAUUAGUUUCUGCCACUGCCUUCUACAAAGCACAACCUGUAAUUCAAUUCAUGUGUGAAGUUCUUGACAUUCAUAAUAUUGAUGAGCAACCAAGACCUCUGACUGAUUCUCAUCGGGUAAAAUUCACCAAAGAGAUAAAAGGUCUGAAGGUUGAAGUGACUCAUUGUGGAACAAUGAGACGGAAAUACCGUGUUUGUAAUGUAACAAGAAGGCCUGCCAGUCAUCAAACCUUUCCUUUACAGUUAGAAAAUGGCCAAACUGUGGAGAGAACAGUAGCACAGUAUUUCAGAGAAAAGUAUACUCUUCAGCUGAAGUACCCACACCUUCCUUGUCUGCAAGUGGGGCAGGAACAGAAACAUACCUACCUGCCACUAGAAGUCUGUAAUAUCGUGGCCGGGCAACGAUGUAUCAAGAAACUAACGGACAAUCAGACUUCCACUAUGAUCAAAGCAACAGCAAGAUCUGCGCCAGAUAGACAAGAGGAGAUUAGCAGAUUGGUAAGAAGUGCAAAUUAUGAAACAGAUCCAUUUGUUCAGGAGUUUCAAUUUAAAGUUCGGGAUGAAAUGGCCCAUGUAACCGGACGUGUACUCCCAGCACCUAUGCUGCAGUAUGGAGGACGGAAUCGGACAGUAGCAACACCAAGCCAUGGAGUAUGGGACAUGCGAGGGAAACAGUUCCAUACAGGAGUUGAAAUAAAAAUGUGGGCUAUAGCUUGUUUCGCCACACAGAGGCAGUGCAGAGAAGAAAUAUUGAAGGGUUUCACGGACCAGCUGCGUAAGAUUUCUAAAGAUGCAGGGAUGCCCAUCCAGGGCCAGCCUUGCUUCUGCAAAUACGCGCAGGGGGCGGACAGCGUGGAGCCCAUGUUCCGGCAUCUCAAGAACACCUACUCAGGGCUGCAGCUCAUUAUCGUCAUCCUGCCAGGGAAGACGCCAGUGUAUGCGGAAGUGAAACGUGUAGGAGAUACACUUUUGGGUAUGGCUACGCAGUGUGUCCAAGUAAAGAAUGUAAUAAAAACAUCCCCUCAAACUCUCUCAAACUUGUGCCUAAAGAUAAAUGUUAAACUCGGAGGGAUCAAUAAUAUUCUUGUACCUCAUCAAAGACCUUCUGUGUUCCAGCAACCCGUGAUCUUUUUGGGAGCAGAUGUCACUCAUCCACCAGCUGGUGAUGGGAAGAAGCCUUCUAUUGCUGCUGUUGUAGGUAGUAUGGAUGCCCACCCAAGCAGAUACUGUGCCACAGUAAGAGUUCAGAGACCCCGACAGGAGAUCAUCCAGGACUUGGCUUCCAUGGUUCGAGAACUUCUCAUUCAAUUUUAUAAGUCAACUCGGUUCAAACCUACUCGUAUCAUCUUUUAUCGGGAUGGUGUUUCAGAGGGACAGUUUAGGCAGGUAUUAUAUUAUGAACUACUAGCAAUUCGAGAAGCCUGCAUCAGUUUGGAAAAAGACUAUCAACCUGGAAUAACCUACAUUGUAGUUCAGAAGAGACAUCACACUCGAUUGUUUUGUGCUGAUAGGACAGAAAGGGUUGGAAGAAGUGGCAAUAUCCCAGCUGGAACAACAGUUGAUACAGACAUUACACACCCAUAUGAGUUUGAUUUUUACCUCUGUAGCCAUGCUGGAAUACAGGGUACCAGCCGUCCUUCACACUAUCAUGUUUUAUGGGACGAUAACUGCUUUACUGCAGAUGAACUUCAGCUGCUGACUUACCAGCUCUGCCACACUUACGUGCGCUGUACACGAUCUGUUUCUAUACCUGCACCAGCGUAUUAUGCUCACCUGGUAGCGUUCAGAGCCAGAUACCAUCUCGUGGACAAAGAACAUGACAGUGCUGAAGGAAGUCAUGUUUCAGGACAGAGCAAUGGACGAGAUCCACAAGCUCUUGCCAAGGCUGUACAGAUUCACCAAGAUACCUUACGCACAAUGUACUUUGCUUAAAAAGUCCAAGAAUAUUCUCUGAGAGGAAGAAUUGAAAGAUGCAUCGACAUAGAGCGUAUGUUUCCAGUGGAGUCAGUUGAGUGGGAAUGCCUCCAGCCAUACAGCAACCAACACUGUGUGGGGACCAGGGUCUGAUUUUUAUGUUAAUAUAAGGAAGAUUGUUUACUUCAUCAAGGAACACAGCACCAUUAUGCAAUAUGAAACCAGCCAACUGCUUUUUUGUGCGGUCUCCUUAGGAAGUAUCGCCAUUGUUUUGUUUUCACUUUCUUGUAGUCUAACCCUUUUAAUGCCUUUACCUCAAGUUGCUUGGCAGCACAACUAUCUUUGCAAAAAAAAGUACAGAAAAAGUAAAUGACGGUUUAAAAAAAAAACACACACACCUUACAUGAAUAAUCAAAGUGAUUGUUCACAAUUAUGUGUGCAAAAAAAUUAAUGUGCAUUCGUGUAUUCUUGUGAAAGGUAUCUGUGUAUAUUUUAAAUAUAUACAUGUAUACUUCAUAUGCAUAUAUAUCUGGAUCUACACUGACAGUAGAUAUAUAUGUGUCUGUGUGUGUAUUUUGUAGUUCAUUCCAUCGGGAAACUUUCUUUCCCUUUUAUCAUCCUCCCACCACCACUUUGAUUUCUCUCUACCUCCCUCGCCUUCAUCACCUACAUUUUUUUUUCCUGAUGCUACCAGUGACAUUCAGAUGUUCAUGUAUCUGGUUCAUUUGGAUAUGAAGCAUGGCAAACUAGAGUUUUAUUUUUAUUUUGCACACCCUACUCCUGUCUCUUGUCUCAUACACAAUUCUAAGUCCUCAACUCUUGAUAUUGCUUUCUUAAACAAAAUCAUUAUAUAUAUACACACACAUGUAUAUGUAUGUAUAUAUAUAUAUAUGUGUGUGUGUGUGUGUGUGUGUAUAUAUAUACGUAUAUAUAUAUGAAGUUUCUAUGAGAGUGUCUGCCCACUCCUGCUCUGAACUUAACAUUUGCCAUUUGUGCAAUGUGUAUAUAAGCAGUAGCAAUCUUAAACUAUUAUUUUUCUUUAGUUUGUUAAAGCUGCUAUAAAUAUAAAACUUUGUCAGAAGUUGUAACUCAGAAAUUUCUCUAUAACUGAUAUGUAUUCUAAAGCCUUCUGUUGCUAUGGGUUAUACAUGAAAAUCCCUUACAGCUUUCAUAAAGGGCAAAUAUUUUAAAUGAUUGAAACUCUUUAGGGUUGAGGCCUCUGAAAUUGGGUGGAGAGAGAGAAGGGGUUGCUGAGGGUUUUUUUUUAUUUUAAUUUUUUUUUUUUUUGCUAGUUUACUUGUUGCCUCUCAUACCUUAAUGUGAUUUUCAUAUAUAUAUAUAUAUAUAUAUAUAUAUACAUACAUAUAUAUGCUUAUAUAUAUAUGUAUGUAUAUAUAUAUUUAUAUAUACAUAUAUGUAUGUUUUGAAGUACAGCUUCCUUUUAUAUUUAUUAGGAUAGUGCUUUAAUAAUUAGAGAACUGUAUUGGCAACAUCUUUUAUAGAAAUGUAAUCAUGUUUAUUUUAAGAACUGACAACUUGUUUUGCUGUCUUUUAGUGCAAUAAGCAGUUUUAAAGGAAAGGUGUGUCUGUUUGAUUUCUUUACCACAGAUAGUGGGAGAAACAGGCACCUCCAUAAUUUUAAAAGGGCAAAGUAAUACAGCCUUAAUUUCAGAAGGAAAGUUUUGUAAUUUUUCAAGUUUAAAGAAUGUCUUUUAAAAAUCCUAAUGAAAAUGAAGGAAGUUAAAUUUCCUAAAUGAGUCUGAUCUUAAAUAUUAGAGAUAGAGUUGAAUUUUGAUUUAAGAAAUGACAGUGAAUAGGGGCUUAGUUGGUGGAGCAUGUAACUUUUGAUCUCAGGAUCAUGAGUUCAAGUGCCACUUCAGGUGUGGAGCCUACUUUUUAAAAAAUGACAGUGAAUAACUUAAGAUUUAGAAGACAUUUAAUAUUUUGAAAAUAGAUCAUGUUUAUUGAACAAUCAUACUGGUUAGGUGCCCAUUUUCAUUUACUAAAAUUAAUUAGGAAAAUGUAAAAUGAUAUUUUUAAAACAUUUUUUGCCAAUUUAUCACCAGUGUAACUUUCCUUUUAAAAUUAGGGUUAUGGUGGCAAAGGAGGUUAGGACUGAUCAUUUUAAAUGAGUUAAAUCACUGAAAUAUGGAAAAGGUUUUACAAAACUUCUGUUUUAUUGAUUUUGUUUUAAGGUAUUGAAAAUAUUAUAGAGCUGUCAAAAUCAAGUUCAUCAGUAACAUUGGAUUCAGGGGAGCUUAGCACUUUGUAACUCAUGAAAAUUGCAUUUUAAUUUUUUUUUUUUUUUUUUUGCACUGGUUCAGAGUGUAGAUACUACAGAUUGUUUCCAGUGGGCAUUUUAAACCUUUCAGAAUUCCAUCUGCACAUGAUAUCAAAUGGAUUAGCUCUUUAGUUUCUCUCUUACCUGUAAUCCACUCUUAUUGCCAAUUUACUGUAUUUUGAGCCUAUAAUCUGAGCCCGUGUCCUCCAACAGGUAUGAAAUAUUUUGUUCCUCUGCCAGAAAACUAAGAAAGUACUGUAUUUUGUAUGUUUAUUAUUACUGAAGUGUCUGAAAUGCAAUUUACAACACUGUUUCAAAGCUCUUUACAUGAAGUAAUAUUUGUAUAGUAUAUACAUUUUUUUCUCCCAACCCUGCCCCUCUCCUCCAAAAAUUUCCUAUAAAGCGUGUAUUUUUUUUUUUUUUUUUACAUUAAAAUUUCACUGAAUAUAGUCAGGAACAUGAACAAGAGAAGAAAAUAGUUUAUCCUUGAUUGUUAUAUGCUUGCUCAGUAUGAGUAAAACACCUUCCUUUACCAAUGGGAGCUACACAGACAUGUGGGAAACUAUAGGGCCCAGGGAAGAACUAUAAGAUACCGUUUGCCUAUUUAGUGCUUCACUUCAUUUUCAGUUGCUUAGUUUUCCAUGUGGUAGAAUGAAACCCGUAAUUUAAAUCUAUUUGGAAGGACUUUUACUGAGGAAAAACAAAAA